AAACAUUGGCUCAAGUCGUUAGUCUGGGGUUUAAUUGAACCAACAGGCCAAUCCAUCAAUAGAUAAUGAACCUACAAGGCACACCCCUCCAAUCGCGCCAACUGUAUCUCAAGCAAUCCCCACGUUUGAAGAGAAAAAAUUGUCGACCCACGAAGAUCGUCUCUUCUGUCAGUUCAGUUCAGUUCAGUUGCUCCAUCGUCUGACUCCAUUCUCAGCGUCUCCAGUUUUGAGGGCUAAACUUUUCUGAACAAAAGCCCUUGUUUCGCCAUCGCACUCCCAAGGGUCCUUCCUUUCUUGUUCUUCUCUUGUGCUUCACUGCUCAAGCUUUGAAGCUCCGAGGUCUCACCUCUGCCUCUUUAUCUUUAUACCCUUUUUUUAUACCCCAAUUAGUGUUGAGUUGAGAGAGAGAGCGCGGCUACAAUGGCAGAUUCAAACAUCCACCAUAAUCCCGACCCAGCUCUCGAGCCCUCCCACCAACACCACCACCAGCAUCAUCACCACUCUCCCCGCGUCGACACCCCCGGCCACGAUGAUCCCGUCUACACAACCGGCACCACAGAUGCGCCAGGUGUAGUUCCCCCUCAGCGCCACUCCCACGAGAAGGAAAAGACUGGCGCGCAUACUCCUCCUGACUAUAGCGACCACGAGAAGCACGAAGCAGGCGUCGUCGACGAAUCCGCCCGCGCAAACUCCCACAGCGACGCCCCCGCUGUCAUCGGCUGGCGCAGACGUCUCGGCCCUGUAUAUCGCUACCGCCGCCCCAUAAUCCACCUCGUCAUCUUCUGCCUCUUCACAGGCUGGUGGAUCGCAUCUCUCGUCCUGCACCGCAACGACAAGAACUGGGUUGUUCCCUUCCUCUUGUGGCUCGCCAUUACUCUCCGUCUGAUCUUCUUCCACGUUCCCAGCCGCCAUGUCUCCAACGUCAUCAAGAAGGUCUGGCUCAACACCGCCGUCAGGAUCUACGACCUCAUCCCCGCCAACCUGCGCACUCUCGCUGGCGCUACCGUCACUGUAGCUGCUAUUCUCAUCGGCGCUUUUGUUUCGGAGGAGGUCGCUGACAACACCCGUGAGAACCGCGCCGUUAGUCUUUUCGGAAUGGCUGUCUUUCUCUUCAUCCUCUGGGCUACUAGCAAGGACCGCAAGCGCAUCAACUGGCGCACUGUCAUUGGCGGCAUGCUCACGCAGUACGUUAUCGGUCUCUUCGUCCUGCGAACAACCGUUGGAUACGACAUCUUCCGCUUCAUCGCCGACCGCGCCGCUGAUCUUCUGGGCUUCGCCAAGGCUGGUGUUGCAUUCCUGACCAGCGAGGACGUCGCCAACACUGGCAACUUCUUCUUCGGCGUCAUCCCCGCCAUCAUCUUCUUCAUCUCCCUCGUCCAGGUCCUCUACUACAUCGGAUUCGUCCAGUGGUUCAUCGUCAAGUUCGCUACCUUCGUCUUCUGGGGUCUCGGAGUCUCGGGCGCUGAAGCCGUCGUCGCAGCAGCUACCCCCUUCAUCGGCCAGGGAGAAUCAGCCAUGCUUGUCCGCCCCUUCGUUCCUCACAUGACCAAGGCCGAGCUUCACCAGAUCAUGACCUGUGGUUUCGCUACAAUCUCCGGAUCUGUCCUUGUCGGCUACAUUGGUCUCGGUCUCAACCGUGAGGCCCUCGUGUCGUCCUGCAUCAUGUCCAUCCCCGCUUCUCUGGCUAUUUCCAAGAUGCGAUAUCCCGAGACUGAAGAGACUCUCACAGCUGGUCGUGUAGUCAUUCCCGAUGAUGAUGAGCACAAGGCUGAGAACGCUCUCCACGCUUUCGCCAACGGUGCUUGGCUCGGAAUCAAGAUCGCCGGUACCAUCGUCUGCUCUCUUCUCUGCAUUAUUGCUCUGGUCGCAUUCAUCAACGGUCUCUUGACCUGGUGGGGACGAUACCUCAACAUCAACGAUCCCACCCCUCUUACUCUCCAGCUCAUUCUUGGAUAUCUUCUCUUCCCCGUGUCUUUCCUCCUCGGUGUAUCUCGCACCAACGGAACCAACAAGACUGGCGAUAUUCUCCCCGUCGCCAAGCUCAUCGCCGAGAAGAUCAUCACCAACGAGUACAAGGCCUUCUCCCUCCUCACAAACCCCUCCCCCAAGGACAACGAAUUCUACGGCCUCUCCCCCCGCUCCCAGCUCAUCGCCACCUACGCCCUCUGCGGCUUCGGCAACAUCGGCUCCCUCGGUAUCCAGAUCGGUAUCCUCAGCCAGCUCGCCCCCUCUCGCGGCGGUGAUGUUGCCAAGCUUGCUGUCUCGGCUCUCAUCUCUGGUGUUCUCGCCACUCUCACCUCUGCCAGUGUCGCUGGUCUCGUCGUCACCAAUCAGCUUUCCAGUUUCGGUCAGAACGCUUCCUCAUAAUUGGACCUGAUGAUGAUGAAAAUGUAAGAGAAUGAGGAAAGACGUGUGUGUAAAAAACGUUUGAAGGGUCGAUGAUUAUGUCGAUAUGCUAUACUAUACUAUACUAUUUACAAAUGCUAUACUGAAGACCACGAGCUGGUACUAAUUCACAUCACUGCUCUACUGUGACUUCGUUCUUCAUUUGCUAUAAUCACUUUCGCUACGCCAUACUUCGUCUCACGUUUCCAUUGUCAUAUACCCACUUACAUCGUCACUUACAAGUGAAAACUUCGACGAUGACACUGAACCACCCUCGUCCGAGGCACAGGCCAUCCCAUGACACAUCGUACCACAAAACACCAAGCGGGGUCAUCAAGUACAGAAUUUUCGUAGAUCUAUCAUGGCAUGAGAAUAAUCAGAUACGGCUACCGAAGUCAGGUGCAUUGGCCCAUCAUCGUCUGAUCGACAGAUAAGCGGACCGAACUGCCGGAGAUGUACUCCCAGUGGGUUGGUACUUUAUAAGCGACAUAGGGGUGUCUAUAGACGGCAUGGCUAUAGUUGAUGACAUGCAUGAAGACUAACAAGAGACUGAGGGUGUGAUAUAAGUAUUCGUGUUCAUGAUCUAUGUAAAUUAGGUAGGUAUCAACUAUUUAUUAACCGUAAUCAUCAUAUCCACAUAUAUCCUCAUCCUCAUCCUUCAUCCCACAACCCUUCAACUGUUCUGCUUCACCAACUUUUUAAAUUCCUUCGACGUCCUACUACUCGAUCCAUCACCCCUACUCGACUCCCCAUCCUUAUCCGACCCCCUCUCCUUUUCUUUCUCCUUCUCCUCCUCCUUCUUCUUCUUCUCCAUAUGCUUCAUAGCAUCCUGCGUCAGCUCCUGUCUAUCCAACAGCUCCCACACGUCCUUCUUUCGCGUCUUCCGAUCACCAAUGCUGAUGAGCAGACCGGCUGUGAUGUUGCAGGUUAUGCUCACACAGAGGAUCACGGUGGUCAGAGCGAACGGACGCGUGUGGUAGUCGAUGCCCCAGGUACAUGCGCCGAGGGAUAUUUGAAGACAGGAGUGGCAGUCGAGGAGAAUUACGAUGGCGAUGAGAUACCUUUGGGGGAAAGCGAAGUGGGUGAAUGUCUCGUUGGGCUUGUAGAAACUGUGUGACUUGGCCAUUUUCUUCUGAUGGUGCUGCAGGCUCUUGAACUGAGCAAACGUCAGAGCGGGCAUGUCUGACUCAGGGCUGUUUGACUUGGCGCCUUCUAAAUCAACAGUCUCGGGACUCUCAGGUUGCGGUUGAGGUUGGUUGUCGAUCGUGCCGA